AUGCAGUCUGCAACCUCACCACUAGAUGACACUAAACCUUACGCGCUGCGGCUUUAAACACACCAACAAACCAGGAGAAGGAGUUCAAUUAAUCCUCGUGCCCACAGCAGCCGGGGAGCUAUUUCCUGUUCCACCCUCCCAGUUUAACAGAGAGCAGACCUCAGUGUGGUCAGUUCACAGUCGGCAGAGUUCACGUCUUCCUCAUCGGGAGAGGAGCUGACCCACACGUCCAGAUUUAUUUUUUAAAUUUGAAUAAGUGAGGUUCCGGUGUUGCAUUUUGUGUUGGAUGAUAAAUUCACACGUGCCCCGCCCAAACCCCCACAAGAAAAGGAAACACAUCCUGCUUCCGAGCCGUCUGAAGCGUUUGAGGCUGGUCCUCCCUCCGAGGAUGAGCAGGAGUGAAUCAUAGCUGCUCCUCUGACUCUGAACUUCUCAGCGAUGGGAUAUCAUCUGCAUGACGGCUGACAGACUCCAAAUAUCUGUGCCAUUCCCAAACCCUGCAGCUCUAAUCCAAGACUGAGCAGGCGCUGCUGUGGGUGGAAGGUUGAGCGAAUCCUGACCUCUGAACCCAGAAUGGAGCCCGUUAAGAGCGACAUGGAGCUGCUCAGUAACAGCAUGGCAACCUUCGCUCACAUCAAAGCCAAUCCAGAGAGCUUUGCCCUCUACUUCAUGAUGGGUGUCUGUUUUGGACUGCUGAUGGCGCUCUGCCUCUUGCUGGCAGGUUUCUCCUGCAGGACUCGCGGUCGCAGCAGGGCUCCCCGUUCAACUGAGAAAAGACAGCUUAAGGCGUCGAGCGUGGAAGACGAGGAGGAGGAGGAGGAGGAGAGCAUCGAGGACAACGAUGGAGAGGAGCUGGCCAAAGCGAUGGCGGGCCCCAUGAACGAGCACGGCAGUCACUCCAACAGCACUCUGAGGAGCGUAAAUGUCUUCACGUCAGCCGAGGAGUUGGAGAAGGCGCGGCGUCUCGAGGAGAGGGAGCGCAUAGUCAGGGAGAUAUGGAGAAAUGGGCAGCCGGAUAUCCUGGUGACCGGGACGGGGACCAUGGGCCGGGUGCACUACCACUAACUGUUCUCCAAAGCAGUCCACGCCACAGACUGCACGGGUCAGCAGUGAGAACACAGGCCACUGCCAAGACCUGACAUUCCGCCAGAUCUGGACAUGAAGAGUUUUACUCAUCUGUGCUUUGAGGCAUUGAAAACUAGCACAUAAUCCACGGCGUCCUGGGCCAAUGAUGAUAAGCUAACCCCUGACAAGGGAUGUUUUCUGCAGAGGGUUUUAAAGUACAUAUCAUUAGUUUUGAUCUCUGACCCCAAUGUCAAUAGGCUUCUUGGGGUCACCAUGUCUAACAAACAUACCAGGUUUUGGUGAUAUUGAGGCAAUAGGAAAGAAGUUAUUGUGCUGACGAAAUUUUAACAAAGUGCACUCCAGUGAAAUUGACCUUUUGACCUUGAAUUCAGUAUGCUUCUUGGGCAGAAUAUACUGAACAGACCUGCCAAGUUUGGUGACAUUCAGGCCACUGAAACCGAAGUUAUCGCACUCAAGUCACGUUGCAUGACUGAGUGAAUCCACACACACUGACGUCUAGCCGGUUUGCUAUGCUGCGGUAAAAAAAAAAAAAAAAAAAAACCACCAGCUCUCAUUUAGUAUAA